AUGGAGCAAUCUCAAGACUUCAAGUCGCUCCAGGAGAGUGUCCAGAAGUCACUGAUUUCCACAAUUAAGACCGUGAACCGAAUCGCUGCCGAAGACCUAAGUUUCCAACGGACUGUCAAUCCUAGCGUGGGCCAACUACUCGAAGAUCGAACUUCGCGGAUCCUUGAACUCUCCACACAUCUUCUUCUGACUACCGGUAAGGCGUGUGGUGUCAAGGCGCCCAAGCUUGAAGAUGUGGAAGACAUCGAGAUGAACUGGAGGGGCGUUGUCGAUGUUGUCGAUUCAUCACUCGAGAAGGCCGACACAGCCUUAGAUGAGUACACAGGGCUUGUCAAGAGAAAGGAGUCACCCUUACCUGAUACCGCGAACAAGCCCAAGAAGCCUAAGUCCACGAACAAGGUUAUCCGAAAUGCCAAUAUGACCAAGCCUCAACUCCUUUUCGAACGAAAGCCUGAUAACUUUGCUCCUGCUCCAUGGAAACCGAUGCUUACGUCGAAGCCAAAUGCCAAAUUAUCUUUGGAGGAAAGCCUCAAGGUCGUCCUUAAUGAAGCCGGCACGCCACAAUACCAACAUCCUUAUGAACACGAAAUUGUCCGUAUGUCAUAUCCGAAACGAGUAUUCAAGGAAUCCGAACCCAUCAUGUACCAACCGGUCGAAACAACCGCGGCCACUUUUGUCGACACCUACGAGGGCGUUCUGGAGAUGCUGGAGGAACUGAAGGGCGCCAAGGAGAUUGCGAUCGAUCUGGAACACCACGAUUUUAGGUCCUAUGUUGGACUUGUGUCUCUCAUGCAAAUCAGCACGCGAGAGAAGGACUGGAUUGUAGAUACUCUACAACCCUGGCGCCAUAAACUUGAGGUUCUGAACCAAGUUUUCACAGAUCCCAAUAUCAUCAAGGUUUUCCAUGGCGCAUACAUGGACAUGGUUUGGCUUCAGCGAGAUUUGGGAUUGUAUGUGAAUGGACUCUUCGAUACGUUCUUUGCGUGCGAGCAACUCCACUAUCCAGCCAAGAGUUUAGCCUACCUGUUGUCUAAGUUCGUCGAUUUUGAUGCAGACAAGCAGUAUCAAUUGGCUGACUGGAGGAUACGCCCACUACCCGAGGAGAUGAUGUACUAUGCUCGGUCCGACACCCACUACCUGCUCUACAUCUACGAUCGGGUACGAAAUGAGCUUGUUGCCGCCUCCGAUAGAGGUGAUGUCGAUAAAGACUACAUUGGCCGGGCAGUGGAGAAGUCGAAGGAACAGUCACUUUCCCGCUACGAACAUCCCGGUUACGAUGAAGAGACUGGUGAAGGCUCCCGUGGAUGGUAUGGGUAUAUCUUCAAGAACUCGCACUUAGCACUCGAUAGCGAACAAUUUGCUGUCUUCAGAGCCUUGUGGAAGUGGAGAGAUGACACUGCCAGGAAAGAGGACGAGAGCACCAACUACGUUCUCAGCACCAGGGAUAUCACAGAGAUCGCCCGAAUCAACCCGCCGGACGCAAAGGCCUUACACAGCUUGUUACCCCUGAAUGCGUCUCUAGCACGACCACGUUUCAAUGAGAUCUGGGAACAAAUCAAAGGGACCAAGGCAAAGGGUGGACUCAGCUUGCUUCACUUCUUCACCUCGAUGGCGCCGGAUAGCGUGAGAAAGAAUGGAAUGCCUAUUGCAGCCAGGCAAACUGCAAAGUUACCGGUCCUUGAUGGAGAGGUCACGGUCAGUAGGCUGACUCGGUCGCAGUUAUUUGGCGAUAUGCCGAUCAGCUCUAAAUGGGAUACUUCAACGCGACCAACCGAAACCGGGGAGGAGCUUAUUCCGUUCCCUUGGCAGAGAUUCAUACGACAAGGCUCGAUUAAAGAAGACGUUCAACACGAUACAGCCGCCGAAGAGGUCAAAAUCUCUGAGCCAACAGAUACUGUGGAGAGUGCAGCUGGCAAUGCUAAGGUUGAAGAGGUUGACGAAGAGUUUACGUUGAGGAGGGGUCAGAAGCGAAAGUCGCAAGCGAUCGAAGAAUCUGAGCCAAGCGAAGAGAGCACGGAUUCAUCACAAUAUGAUAGUGAUGAGGAGAUGCAAGAGGGUAGUGGAGUCAUCGCUGUCGAAGAUGAGCCCUCACCAAAAGCGUCCAGGAGCGCUCGUCGCAAGCUUCGCAAGGCAGAGGAGAAGAAGGCUGAAGAAGAGCGAAUCCGACGACAAGAAGCGAAGAAGGCUCGCAAAGCUCAGAAGAAGCAGAAGAAGCAGGACGACAAAACCAAGAAGUUUGACGCAGUGCCUUUCGACUAUAGCAAGGCUACCUCGGUGCUCCAUUCAAACAGGGAAUCUAAUGUUGGACAGGCAGACGGAAAGGGCAAGAAGAAGGUUUUCGACCCCUACUCGAAGUCUGCGGACACGGACAUCAAGGGAGCACGCAAAGCGCCCCCAGUGAGAGGAGAGCGAAGUGCAACAUUCAAAAGAUAA